ACUUGCAUGUGAGCCUCUGACACAAGCGAAUCAUCGUUCGGCGAUGCUGUCGCUUGAACAAAAGAAGACAGCACGUCUAAUGAUGCGCAUUAGAAAGGGAAGAGUACAAACAAAAGGACUAACAAAUACAAUUUCAAUGUGUGUCGCUGUCGAUAGCAACAUGAGACGGUGAAAACUGCUGCUCGCGUCGAUUGUACAAAUUAUUUACCAUUUUCGUUCGAGCCGCCUUUUUUGGUACAAGUGUUUGUCAAUUUACAUCGACGCAAUAGUGUUCAAUACCAACACAGUCUGCGUACACCGCUUUCUCAGCGGUGAGUGUGGCGUGAUGUCUGUUGGAUAAGGGCUCACGCAUACACAGAAAAUGUACCGAAACAAAACUUGUGCGAGUUUUGUUCUUCUGUUCUAGCGACAGCAUCGCUCAUCCAAACAUGUGUUUGUGUCGGAGACUCGCGCGCAAGGGAACAUCGGUUUUUUUGCACAAUACAUUUGCAUCGACGUCGAAAUGUGAUGAAAUCAAUAUCGGUCAAAUCACUGUGUGCUCAUUCUUAGAGAAGAUCCCAAAUUGUACAGUUGCAUCGCAUGUUUUAGUGUCGCAUCGUUUUAGUUUUUUUUCCGUCCAAAAUACUCAUUUGUUUUAGAAAGAAAAUUUGUAUAUUACAUUUAGUUAGACUGUUCAUUUUUUAUUUAUAUUUAAAGUGUUGAAAAUUAGUUUAAAGUUACCAAAGUUGUCGUGAUAAAUUGGUUUCUAUUAUAAUUUAACCGAUAUGAGUUCGAAGUCGAAGAAACGCAAUGCACAAGCGAAAAAUACACCGAAUCCCACACAUUCGACAGAAGAAUUUAAAAAGCUGAUGGAAGUAUUCGAAACAGUGCAAGAGCAUGAAGAACAACAUCAGCAGUGCAUUGAAGAGGCACUUGACAUUUAUAGACAGUGGUCGCACAAGGAAUUCAUGUACACAAUUGUGCUUGGGAUGAAAGAAUGGAUGCGUGUUGAAUCGUUCGACCACACAUAUGCGCAGACGGGCUUGCGAUUCCUUGCACGACUAGCGGUGUCCAAUUACGCAAAUGAUCCAGACAACAAAAUUGUCACAUCCAUCACAGAGUACCUGUUGGAGCAUACAAGCAUCAACGAGGUUGUGCGACAAUUCAUUUGUUAUUUCAUUUACUAUCUGGUGCGGUACGCGAACAUCUUGAAAGUUCCAAUUGAUGUGGAUGCAAUUGUGAGCUACAUUAUAACGGAGUCAUACAUACACGGUAGACAGUGGGAGGUACGUGAACAAGCGGCCAAAGUGUUGCUUCUGUUUCAAGAUCGUCCAAACGCAUUGGAAGCAUUGCUAGAGCAUUUAUACCAAGAUCCAAAAGCCGAAGUACGUCGUUUAAUCAUCAAGUCAAUCCAAUUCAGUGUUGAAACCGUGCCAUACAUAUUGGACCGUCUUCAAGAUAUAAAUGAAAAUGUUCGUGUCGAGUUGUAUAAGGAUUUGAUUGAACGAGAUGUUCGAACGCUGACAAACGAACAUCGUUGUCGGAUUUUGAACAGUGCAUACCACGAUCAUUCGAAUAGUGUUCAAGAGGUCAUCACCAAUAGAUUGAUACCGAGUUGGCUACGAAGAUACAACAAUUCCUAUUUGGCAUUGCUGGCGGCUAUCAAAUUUGAUGCCAACGAUGAAGAUAUUAAAGGAUUCUUACGCUUGUCCAAAUACGUUUUGUUCAAUUUGUUCAGAAAAUUCACCAGUGAUGGCCACAUCGAGAGACUGUGCGAGCAGCUUGGACUGAAAACCGAUGGUGAAUUCGUCCAUUGCAUGCCAUUCGAUCGUUUAAGCCUGGGAAUGCUUAUCUUUUGGUGGCUUUUGAUUCAGUUUGGCCGCCACGAAACCGAGGACCAGAGUCCCGUUGAGCAGAUCAUGAGUGAUGUCGACCCAUUCUGCAAAUAUAUUCAAGCAUUUUUAUCGCGUAUGGAUAACAAGAAUCCCGAUGAUUGGACGCAAAAUGGUUACAAAUUGCAGAUUCUCAUCGAAAUACUGCACGAACUCCAUGUAGAUGAAUUCGGCAGAAAAUCACUGGGUGAUUUCGUUUCCAACACAUUGUUGAACGAAACACAAGUGCUCAACGAAACAACCAUCUCUGGUUUGGUAAAAUGCGCAGAGAAAAGCGUUCGAAACGACAUUCUUGGCCAGUAUUUUUCCGAGAUUCUACGUGGCAUAUGCGAUAAAAUUCCAUCAAUUGAUCAGAAAAUCGAUGAAAUCAUCGAAUUGAUACAAAAUGAUGAUCUCAAACUGCGCAUCACUCAAAUUAAAUCUCAGAUUCUGGAGCUGAAAGAAGAAGCGGAUAGUUCGAUAAAUGAAAGCAACUAUCGCCAACUACGUACAGUUCGGCAUCAAAUCAAGGAGCUUCGAAUUCAAAUCGUGGACAUUUGUCGCGAUUAUUGUGCAUAUGAUCACGAAAAAGAUAUCGAUAUAAGUGCAUACGAGCUGUCAACCGAAGAAAUCAUCAAGUGUCUACAGAUCUUCUUCUACAGCUGCCAUUCGAUCAAAUCAACUAGAGCCCCGCCGGAAAUGAUAUUUUUUUAUGGCGACUUCGUUUAUCAACAAUUAGAUGCCGAAAACUUGGACGUUCGCGGCUGGGCAUUAAAAUGCAAUGCAUCGUUUGCGCUGCGAUUCGACAUUGCAUUGUACGAAGGAAUUGAGGCUUGCUAUAACCAAUUUCUGUUGAACAACGAACCAACGCUGUGGUCGAUUUCGGUGACGACAAUUUGUGAAUUGUUAGACAAGCAUCGGGUAGAAUUUCAAGUGCCACACAUUUUAGCCGACACAAAUGAUGGAAAUCUCGUCAACAUGACGGAUUUUCUAUUUGAUAUACUCACUCGAAUCCAGCAUGAGGAAAUCAAAAAUUCAUUGAUCAUCGGAUUGUGUCGGUUGAUUCUCAGCAACAUUAUCACUGAUAAAGAAAAGAUUGCAUUUAUGUUGGUUGAAAUGUUCAACCCAGAAGCGUAUCCAUCAUCACAGCAGAUAUUGUCGCAGUUUGUCGAGAGCUUGACUAAGUUGAAAUGCCACAGCCGUUUGAUAUCAGCGUUGGGGCCAGCACUUGAGCUCAUCUCAAAGUCUGGACAAAAAAUAAAAUUCAAAGACAUCAUCACAUUCCUGAUUGCGAUCACUAUACCGGAACUACCGCAUGUAACUUCGAUUUGGCACAAUCAACUUGCCAUCGAACUGGCAAAACUGAUGCUUCAGGGAUAUGAUCCGAAAUUGAUGAAUAUAAUUCGCGAUAAACUCAAAGUUGAUGUCAACGAUGAAUUCAAGCAGCAAAUCCGACCACUUUUGGCCGAAUUAUUGCGAAAAUUGCCGGAACAAUCGAAGCAAAGCGUAAAGGCAAUCUGGAAAAAACUUGGAUUCAAAAAUUCUGAUCUUAAUGCUGUUCAACCAUCAUCAUCGCCGUCGGCGACAACAAGCUCCAGCUCAAUGGUAUUAACCGAACAAAGUUCGCCACAAAGUGGAAGCGCACCAGACAGUACGGGCGCAACCAGAGCGAGCCUAAAUCGGUGUUUGGGUUCCAAUCGAACCAGCUCAGUUUCAACGCGAAACAAAACAAUCGUCAACGACGAGAAUGCAGCCCAGCCAAAAAGUAAAGCAGAUCGAUCUCAGCGUGCUAACACUGGUCCAACUCGCAGAGCGUUCGGUAACCGUGCAAACAUUUGAUGAUUCUACGUCUUCCGCUGGAAUAAGGAAAACAUUUUACCACAUUUUUGUUGGUUAUAUUUCGAUAUUUGCAUUCAUCACAAGUCAAUUGUAUCAAUUUUCCAUUCAAUUCAAUGUUAUACAACAAAAUUGUAAAUACAUGGAAUUGGUUUUUCGAAAAAAAAGUUCAUAUGAGAAACCAUUCGGCAUGAAAAA